AUGGGAAAUUUCGGAGGAGCAAUCCGAGCUUUGUUUUAUGGGGAUUCUAUCACUUCUUUGUCUACAGUAAAUGGUCAGAAUGUCCUUGAAAAUCCUAAUGCCCAUCAUGAAGCACCGCAGAUUGAUGCUCGCCAACUUAAAGAAGAAAAUGAAAAGCCUAUUGAGGUCGAUAAAACCAAUGCCGAGGUGGGCUUGGGAGAGAAGAAGUUCUUGCCACCACUUCCAAACAUACCAAUUCCUGGAAUCCCAUUUCCUCAAUUUCCAUUUCCACCUCCAUUUGACAUUCCUAAUGUUCCUCCACUUCCUGACUUCCCUCUGCCUCCCUUCCCUUUCCCUUUCCCUCCCAACCCCUUCUUUCAAUCUCCUCCAGCAUGA